AUGAAGAAAUCACAGCGCCAAGUGCCGUCCUCGAGGUUCGGUGCGGCUUUCGGUGCUGGUGACGGUGGGAGAAAUAUGGCGCUCAAAGAUAUUGGUUUUGUGAUUCUGUCGGUGGUGUUCCUUUCCUUUUCCGUCUAUCUCCGAUAUACAAAUCACAAGAGGCGAGGUAGCGGUAGCAGGAAUGAUAAUGCUGGUGCUGCCAGUAACCCAAAUCAACAAGCUGCUGCAGCCAACAAUGACCCGACCAAAGCCAACGGUAGCAGCAAAGACCAAAAGCAACGGCGAAAGAAGAAAGGCAACAAAGGACAGUAA